CAACUGGGACGAUGCCGCACGCGAAUUCCCAGGAAGUCAUGGGAUGGAUCGACAAAGCCUGGGUGCAGUGACAAGAGACACCAUCCGCUCGGGAUUCAGAAAGGCUGGACUGAUCGAAACGGAUGCUGAUGACUCUGUAACCAUAGCUACCAUGUCCAUUGCCGUGCCAACACGUGGUGAAGUGGGUGGGAGUGUAGCGGCUCACCUCCAGUGCCAGUUCUGUGGUAGUUUCUCCAAAAGUCAUGCCCAGGAACUGGCCCACAUUGCCGCCACUCAUCCCACCCGCCUGGACUGUGUGUCUGUGGGUCGCCUUGGCAACAUCCUGCUGUACCAGAGCACCGCCCAACUGUUCCACUGCUUCGACUGCUUCUACACGUGCCGUGAUUUCAACAAGCUGUACCAACACAUCAUAACCAAACACUGCAUGAUGGAGAAAGGGCCAGCAGGAAGUGGAGAUGGAGAAGAGGGUGACAGAAGGGAGCAGAAAGUAGGGGAGGAUGAAGUGCAGCAGCAGGAGGAGGAGGAAAAAGAAGGUAGCCCUAUUAAUUGUGCUGAGGACAAAGGUAAGGAGGAGGAAGGAGAUAAGACAGAGGGAAAAACAGGAGAGGGGGAGGUGGGAAGGGAGAACAAGGAGAAGGAUGAGGGAACUGAUACACAAGCGAUGAAGUCGCCAAAGACUACUCGUGACCUGCGGACAUCAGUACUUCGGUUCGACGGUUACUACUACGGCUGCAUGAUCUGCGGCUGGAAACAUCAGCUGAAGUCUGUGGCCGCCAGCCACGUGGUGCGGAAACACGACAUCCCCAAAGCCUACGGUGCCCAGGCCAUCACGCAGGACGCUGCCAUUGGACAGGCCCAGAGCCGUGGCGCUGAGGAGGAGGACAAGGUAGUCCUCCCAAACAUACUGAGGGUGAGGACAAAGAUGCAAAGGAGGGAGGAGAAAAGACAGAGGGUGAAACAGGAGAGGGGGGAAGGUAUGCCUCUGAAACGAAAGAGGAGCAGUGAGGAGGAAGGUAAGGGGGACACAGGAGAGGAGGGGGAAGACAUAGCUCUUAAACGAAACAGGAGCGAGGAGGGGGAAGGUAAAGGGGAGGCAGGAGAGGAUGGGGAAGGUAAGGGGGAGGUAGGAGAGGAUGGGGAAGGCAUAGCUCUUAAAGGAAUCAGGGGCGAGGAAGAGGAAGGUAAGGGGGAGGCAGGAGAGGAAGAGGAAGGUAAGGGGGAGGCAGGAGAGGAAGAGGAAGGUAAGGGGGAGGCAGGAGAGGAAGGGGAAGGUAAGGGGCAGCAGGAGAGGAGGGGGAAGGCAGGAGAGGAAGGGGAAGGUAAGGGGCAGGCAGGAGAGGAAGGGGAAGGUAAGGGGCAGGCAGGAGAGGAAGGGGAAGGUAAGGCAAGAGAGGAGAAUGAUGAGCGAAAUGACGCACAAGUGACAAAGUCGCCAAAUUCAAAGUCUACCCGUGACAUGCGGAAAUCGGUCCUUCUGUUCGACGGUUACUGUUACUGCUGCACGAUCUGUGGCUGGAAACAUCAGCUGAAGUCUGUGGCUGUCAGCCACGUGGUGCGGAAACAUGACAUUCCCAAAGCCUACGGCGCCCAGGCCAUCACACGGGACACCGCCAGUGCUGCCGCGGCCCUCAGACAGACCCAGAGAGGCUGCGCUGAGGAGGAGGAGGUGCUGACCGGAGAGAUGUUAAAGCAGGAAAUGGAAGCCACCUCCAGAGUCAUCAACUACACCUCCAGCCGCUUCGUCUGUUUGAUCUGUGGCUGGAAGACCAAACUGAAAGGUUUUGCCAUCAAUCAUGUGAUGCGCAGUCAUGAGGUGGAGCGUCCGUACAGGUGUAAGGAGUGUCGGCGCGCCUUCUUCCUUCCCAGCCGGCCUUGCAGCAGCACAUCAGGACGGAGCACCGGCCCGGACGCUACGCCUGCCCCUUCUGCUGCUUCAGGUCUCACUACCUGGGAGGUUUCAGGAGGCACUGCAGCCGCUGCAACGCCCGGGGGGAGGAGGGGGGAGGAGGAGGAGGAGGAGUGAGGGAGGAGGAGGA